AUGAAACUCAGAGCGGAAAUGUUAUUGAUAAAAAAUCUUAUGUUACGUAGGACACAACUUUAUUCAACACGCAUCGGCAGCAUCUACCAUGCCAAUGGAACUAGAUACAACAUUGUAAAUGUUGUUAUACAUGAGGGAUACGAAGAUCCUUUAGUUUAUGAUGACAUCGCAAUGCUUACGCUCGACAGGGAAGUACGGUUUCCUGGGUUCUAUCCAGUUUGUCUGCCGUUCGAACAGUCGUCCAGACAUGACUUGGAAAAGAAAUUUCUCACUGUUACAGGAUGGGGACAUGAUAGAGAAGAUGGCGAGUCGAGUCCAGUGUUGAUGCGACUGGGUUCUCUACCAGUGAUUAAAAACAGAGAAUGCAACAAGAUAUACAGUGCACCUUCAUUCAGGAAUAAAAUUUCCAGAGGUAUCACACCUGGUAUCUUGUGUGCCGGAUUUCGUGAGGGUGGAAAAGACAGCUGCCAUGGAGACUCUGGUGGUCCACUCAUGAUUAUUGAUAAUGGUCAUUGGACGGUAGUGGGCAUUGUGGGAUUUGGAUCCGGUUGCGGGAAACAAGGAUUUGUUGCAGGAUACACACGAUUGUCUUUUUACAUGAACUGGAUUCGGAGCAAAAUAAGAAAUAUGUGGACUUGUGUUCGAUUUUUCAUUACCGUACUGCUGUUGGUUGAAGAUGCUCUCAGCCAAACUUGCGGUGCUUCUCCAGCAGCGAAUAGCUUUGGCGCAUUUAUCAUGAAUGGAGAAAAAGUGGAACCUGGUGACUUUCCUUGGAUGGUAGCUCUGAUGAAGAAUGAAGCAUUUACGUGCACGGCCUUUAUGAUCGACAGUCGACACGUCUUAUCGGCGGCUCACUGUUUUGAUGGUAAUAAUCCCAACCCAAGGGAUUACUCCGCAAGUAUUGGCAGCAUCUACUAUGCCAAUGGAACUAGAUAUGGCGUCAUAAAUAUUGCCCUUCAUGAGGGAUACCAGAGUGGUUUCUUUUACGAUGAUAUUGCAAUGCUUACGCUCGAUAGAGAAGUACAUUUUCCUGGGUUUUAUCCGCUUUGUCUGCCAUUCGAACAGACGUCCAGACAUAAUUUGGAAGUUAGAGGCGCAACUGUCGUUGGAUGGGGAGCCACAAUGUUUGAUGGACCUGCAAGUCCAGUGUUGAUGCGACUGUCUUCCAUUCCAGUGACUUUCAACAGAGAAUGUGAUAAGGUAUUUCGACAGCUGGGUGUGUUACAGAAUGAACUUCACAGAGGCAUCACACAUGGUAUCUUGUGUGCCGGAUUUCCUGAGGGAGGUAAAGACAGUUGCCAAGGAGAUUCUGGUGGUCCACUCAUGGUCCGUGACAAUGGUCAUUGGACAGUGGUAGGGAUCGUAUCAUUCGGGUUUCAGUGCGGUGUCCCAGGAUUAGCUGCAGGAUAUACGCGAGUUUCCUUCUAUAUGAACUGGAUUCGGAUGAAAAUGCGGUCGUGAAUCCAUUGCAUGUCAGGAGAGCCUGUCCUGUGAAAGAGUUUGGCAGUGAAGAUUACAUCAAGAUCUCCGUAUAUGGUAAACUCGCCAUGUUAUUCUCAUACUUCAAAAUAAAU